AUGUCAAGACCAAUGCCAAGACCAAUCACUAGGCCAGGAAAGCCAAUAAUUAGGCCACCAUCUGUUAAACCAGUCCCACCAGUUUUGUCGCCGCAAAUUAAACCAGACAAGUUUCCAAUAACGGUUCCAAAAAAGGAACCAAUAAGACUUGUGAAGCCAUCAGAUCCAUCAGUUCCAAUUGGUAUUCCAGCACCUAGGAAGCCAUGA